UUAUUAUUUCAGGCACAACCUUUUGUCAUUACAUUGUGCGUUCUGGCUUUGCUCUACUUUCGCUCGGUUCAUCUAGUUUACAUGCUUGCGGGAUCGACCAUUUGUGCCUUUUUAGCAAAGGGGUUAAAACGAGUGAUACGACAGCCGCGCCCCAUCGAUACAAAGGAUCCGAGCAUAUCCAAAAAAGACACUUAUGGCAUGCCCUCCAGCCACAGUCAGGCCAUGGCCUUUUUUGGCUGGUACACAUUCCAAUCAGAUAUCUGGGAUACACCCUUUGCAAUCUGUUUAUACCUAUUCACACUUAUGGUACUAUGGUCGCGCUGGCGGUUGGGCCAUCAUACAUUUUCGCAGGUUGCAGUUGGUACAGUAGUAGGAGUCGCUUUAGCGCAUGUCUGGUACAAGUUUUGGCUGAUCAAGGUUGAAUUUUUCAGCCAUCAUGUACUGUGUAAUGAUUAUAGUAUAUGCUUGUAA